GGCAAGGGUGUGAGGGUGAUGGCGUUCGCCGCGCGAGGCGGGCGAAGGGAGGAAAGCCGAGAAGUCGCGAGCGGGCAAAAGAGUGGGCGCGCGGCAAGGGUGUUGUCGUCGACGAGCGAAGUGGCGCUCUGAGGUCAUUGGAUUAUUACUUGACAGUAUAAUAUGGGGGAGAUAGAAGGCACAUACCGAGUGUUGCAGACUCCAGGUUCUCGUUUGGGAGUGCAGAAAAAUUCUGGAGUUAGUACUCUGGAACCAGGACAGAACCUUUCCUCUGCCAUAGCAUCAGCACCUGCUAAAACUCAUGAAAGAUCUCUACAGAUCAAGAUAAAGCUUUUGGACAACACUGUGGAGGUACUUGAUAUUGAGUCAAAAUGUUAUGGUGAGAAACUGCUGACAGAAGUAUUUAAUCGUUUGAAUUUGGUUGAAUCGGACUACUUUGGAAUUGAGUUCCAGAACAUGCAGUCAUGUUGGGUUUGGCUUGAGCCAAUGAAACCUACCAUUAAGCAAAUACGAAGACCAAAGAAUGCAAUGCUUCGUCUAGCUGUCAAGUUCUUUCCUCCUGAUCCUGGUCAGUUGCAAGAGGAGUAUACCAGGUAUCUGUUUGCAUUGCAAAUCAAGAGAGACCUAGCAGAGGAACGGCUUACCUGCAAUGAUAACACAGCUGCACUUCUCAUAUCUCACCUUCUGCAGUCGGAAAUUGGGGAUUUUGAUGAAUCAGGGGACCGAGAGCACCUUAAAAACAACCAAUACUUUCCUCAUCAGGAAAGGCUACAAGGCAAAAUACUUGAAUUUCACAGGAAACACAUGGGCCAAACUCCCGCCGAAUCAGAUUUUCAGGUGCUUGAAAUAGCCCGGAAAUUGGAGAUGUAUGGCAUGAGAUUUCAUUUGGCAUCUGACCGUGAAGGGACAAAAAUUAACCUGGCUGUUUCACAUAUGGGUGUUCUGGUAUUCCAGGGUAAUACAAAAAUUAAUACUUUCAACUGGUCCAAAAUCCGAAAAAUAAGUUUUAAGAGAAAAAGAUUCCUUAUCAAACUUCACCCAGAGGUUCAUGGUUCAUACCAGGAUACACUGGAGUUUCUUUUGGGAAGUAGAGAUGAGUGCAAGAAUUUCUGGAAAAUAUGUGUUGAGUAUCAUACUUUCUUCAGGCUGUUUGAUCAGCCAAAACCAAAGUCAAAACCAGUCUUCUUCAGUAGAGGUUCAUCUUUCAGAUACAGUGGGCGUACACAAAAACAAUUGGUGGAUUAUGUUAAAGAAAGUGGGUUGAAAAAAAUUCCAUAUGAAAGGAGGCAUAGCAAAACUAGAAUGUCUGCUCACACCUUGAAUGCUGAUCUACCCAAACAGAGUGUCUCAUAUACAGAAGGGUUAAGAACUCCUGGGCCUAAUGCAUGUACAUAUGCCUCCUUUCAUUCGGAUAAUGUGUUAUCUACAAAUCUUCCCAGCUUGCCCACUUUCCCAGAGAGCAGUCCAUUGUUUUUGGAGUCCAGAAUAUCACAUACAAGGAGCUUGUCAACAGAAGGAAGUAGUGGGAUACCAGAAGAAACAGGCAAGAAAGUGGUACAACAGCCUGGAUCACCAAUGCUCCAGUCAUUCCAAGGUCCUCACCUGUCUUCGUUUAAAAUGAAAAGUCCAACAACCUUGAACCCUCCAGUUCAUAUGACUAUAAAUGCACCUGCCCAGGGUUCAUCUCCCCUCUUGAGUCCUGUCUUGAGUGAUGUUGGUGGUGCCAGGGUAGAAGAAGAGGAUGAAGCAAGACGUAAGAGAUACCCAGCAGAUAAAGCAUAUUUCAUUGCAAAAGAAAUUCUUGCUACUGAACGAACUUAUUUAAAAGACCUAGAAGUUCUAACUGUAUGGUUCCGCAGUGCAGUUAUCAAGGAGAAUGCGAUGCCUGAAGUUCUUAUGACCUUGUUCUUCUCUAAUAUAGACCCCAUUUAUGAAUUCCAUAGAGGCUUUCUGAAAGAGCUUGAGCAACGGCUAGCACUCUGGGAGGGGCGUUCUAAUGCUUCCGUGAAAGGAGACUAUCAACGAAUUGGUGAUGUUAUGCUGAGAAAUAUGCAUACACUAAAGGAAUUUACCAGUUAUCUGCAGAAACACGAUGAGGUCUUGACAGAACUAGAGAAAGCAACAAAACGCAUUAAGAAACUGGAAAUGGUUUAUAAGGAGUUUGAACUCCAGAAGGUUUGUUAUUUGCCACUCAACACUUUCCUGCUCAAACCUAUCCAGAGGUUAAUGCACUACAAGCUGAUCCUGGGGAGACUUUGCAAACACUACGUAGCAGAUCACCGAGACUACGCUGACUGCAGGAAUGCACUGAAGGAAAUCACAGAAAUGACGUCGCAACUUCAAAACAGCCUGAUCCGUUUGGAAAAUUUCCAGAAGCUCACAGAGUUGCAGCAUGACCUGCUCGGCAUCGAUAACCUUGUAGCAGCUGGCAGAGAAUUUAUCAGGGAAGGCUGCUUAUACAAGCUGACCAAAAAGGGAUUACAGCAAAGGAUGUUCUUUCUGUUUUCAGAUAUGUUGCUGUAUACAAGCAAAGGAGUCACUGGUACCAACCAAUUCAAAAUUCAUGGUCAUCUUCCUCUACAUGGGAUGCUGGUGGAAGAAAGUGAAAAUGAAUGGUCUGUCCCUCAUUGCUUCACAAUCUAUUCAGCUCAAAAAACCAUAGUAGUGGCAGCAAGCACUCGUCUGGAAAUGGGGAAAUGGAUGGAAGAUCUAAAUAUGGCAAUUGAAAUGUCCAAGAAAACCACUGAGAAAUCUGACAUGUUUCUAGAAAAUUCUCUGUGCAGUCGUUCUAACAGAUCCUCAGAUGAGGUUUCUCUAGAACAGGAGUCCGAAGAAGACAUACAUUCCUCUCGUAGCUCCCUGGACAGGCAGAGUCACCACCGUGCCAACACUACCAUGCAUGUCUGCUGGUACCGCAACACCAGUGUCUCCAUGACCGAUCACAGUGUGGCCGUCGAGUUCUCUGCUCUCUUGCUGUUUCUCCAGAGCUUCCUCCUCGCUAUUUGCUGGGCCAGAGUCAACGGCCCAACACUAUCACCCAUGUUUGCUGGUACCGAAACCAGAGCCUAUCCCUGUCUGACUAUCUGUGCAUGAUUCAGGUAAAGCUGCUUCUACCACUCUCAGUGUUGAUAGGAGGACUUAUGUGCAUCAUCACUUUCUGUUUGUAAAAUCCCCAUUAUAACUCUUAAACCUAGCUGUAGUUCGUAGAAACAAGGAUCUGAAGCACUAAGGCAAUUGACUAAGUCUCUUCUUUAAGUUGGAGAACUGGCGUGGGGUGGCGUUGCACUGGCAACCUGCAAGAUCCAGGUCCUAGGCUCCACUCAGCCAUGAAGUUCACUGGGUGAUUUUGGGCCAGUCAUAGGCUCUCAGCCCAACCUACCUCACAGAGUUGCUGUGAGGACAAAAUGGAGCUAUAUAAGCUGCUUUGAAUUCCUCACAAGAGGGAAAAAAGGUGGCAUAUAAUUGCAAUGUAAUAAAAACAAUGUGAAAAUCAGUCCAGUGAAUUGCUUUGGUUAUCAUACAAAUAGGCAAUGAUCUUGAAUACACAAUGCCAUUUCUUAUUGUUUAAAUGGGUUUAAUUUACCCCAUAGAUUUGAUCACAGAGAAUCUCAUGUGCAUAGACCUCAGUGUACUAGUAUGUUACCUUAAAUGUGGUAUUGCUGUUGUGUAUUCUGCAGAGCUUUGCUUUCUCCUAGUUGUCCCUAACCUGUGCCUUUCUUUUUCACAUCGUCUGCUUUCACUUGCAUUGUGUCUUUAACAAAAUUCAGGUUCUCCGUGUUGCUCACUAGUUGUUAGCAUGUUGUGUGGAUCAGGGAAUGAACUGGGAAAAAUAUUUAACUAACCAAUGUAUUUAAGUCCGUGCUCUUUUCACAGCAGGGCUCAGGUGGGAGUUAAGAGUGUGAUGAAUAAUUUGUGGUGGGAGGAACUGCAUCCAUUACCAAUAUGGCCUAGCCAGGAUGGAAAUGUAGAAUGCAUGCAGUUACAAGGAAGGUUGAUACUCUGUGAAAAGGGUGAAUAAAGAAUAUGUAUCAUACGUAGCCAUUUAAUACCCAUAGUUUGGAUAUUAAAUUAGUUCUUGGGAUAACCAGGAGAGGGCUCCUUUAGAGCCUUUCUGUACAUUCCAACAAAUCAUGACUUAAACAACAUUUUUUCCUUUAUGUAAUAGUUCCAUAAGUCUUGAGCCAGAGGAAGCAGUGAAAUGGUCUAUCUGGACAAUAGAGGUGGAUGGGGAGGGAAAGAAGUCAUCCUUGUUCUAGUGGAUAAAAACUGGGAUGAGUAUGAAUUCCAUAUUGAAAAGAAUCUUAAAUAACUUAAAAACAAUUAAGAGGGGUAAGGUUGCAUUGCUAGUUCCUGUGAUUAAAAAAACCUAUCCCAACACAAUGCUGGUUGAGCAUUCCAGAGUUGUACUUUUGUGGUAGAAAGAACAGAAUCCCAACAAAUAUGUUGAAGAAGAAGAGAAUAAAAGGUUCAAAGUGAUGUCAUCAUGAAAGAGGUGUUAGAUUUGUUUUGCUAAGUCACUAAUUCUAUCUCCAAAAAUGUCCAAGAGGGCAAACACAUACCACAUGAUUGCCAUGUUAGCUAGAGGUGUAUGAGAAUUUCAUUUUUAUUUGCAAAACUUGUGAACCCUGUUUAAAGCCCCAAAUAAGAUUUGCAACAAGCACAUGUCUGCUGAAAAUAUUCAGAUUGCCAAAUGUGCUAAUGUUCAAUUCGUACAAUUUUCCUGGUUUGCACAAAUUUAUCCCAUUUACUGAAUCAGCCUCACUUUAGUCUAUAGAAGAAAUCUACUUAGAUUUCACAUGUGAUUACAGCUUGAUUUGCAGUUUUCCCAUUAACACAAUGCAAGGAAAAAUCUAAAAUGUAAAUAGAAAUUGAACAUGAGAUAGAACUGUUAGAUGAUGUUUGGAGAAUCCCAACAGGUUUGCCUGCCACUAAUUUACCCAUCCCUAAUAUUAUUAAUUUAUUAAAUUUAUAAACCACAUCAAUAUUAGUAAUUGAUGCACUUUCUGAGAAUUAUGGAACUUUUGAAGUACAGUAUAAAAUACUGUACUUUAAUGAACUGGUAAAAAGAAAUUUCACCAUAGAAACAUAAUUUUUGCUCUUAUUGUACAGAAUAUAUAGACGUGCAAAGAGGCUCUGAAACAAAUGUUUAUGUGCUGUUCCUCAAUUUUUUUAGAGCUGUGGUGGUGAACAUGUGACUGCAACUCCGAUCAACCCUAUCCAGAAUAUCAAGUGGUGAGCGGAGUUAUAGUCCAACAACAGCUGGAGGGCCACAGGUUCCUAAUCCCCGACUUAGAGAAUCACAGCCUAGGGACAGCAAUCUGUUUUCAAAUAUACAACACCAGUAGAUCAUUUGCUGCACUGUUAAGGAGAAUGACUGCUGAUAACAACUUCUCAUGCUAUCUUUCUCCGUCCAUGUAGAAUCAGUUAUCAGGAUACCUUCUGAGGAAAUUCAAAAACAGUAAUGGUUGGCAGAAGCUGUGGGUUGUUUUCACAAACUUCUGUCUGUUCUUCUACAAAACACAUCAGGUAAGAUGGGUAUGGCACAACCAGAAUGGUAUUAGGCACACACAGGAAUAAGAAACAAUAUUUGCAUCUGUCUUGUGAGUGCAUCCUGGCUC